UAUUUGUAAUAGUGUUUGUAUUGACAGUAGCUUAUUGCCCAGUAGAGACAUACCACAUUAAAACAGGGACUUUUAUAUGGUUCAGAAAAUACUGUGAUAUUAUUCAAAUUGGAUGGUGUAGAGCUGACAAGAAUUGUUGGUGAAUCAGUUAGGAGAUCGAGAGAAAAUGUUUUGAGAAUCGAUUUUUCUACCGAUUUGAUUUGUCACCUUGGACCCUGGAAAAUCAUCAUGGAUAUUUUCCACUAUUUCUUGACACCUAAUAAACAAAAUGGUCAGAAAAAUCACAAUAGUGUUAACUGAUAAUAAAAAUGAUAGUUAAUGACAGAACUAAUAUUGUCUAAUGCUCCUCUGCAACAUAUAUUUAUGAAUCUUUCAUCACUGUACGGUCCUUGCUGUGGAGGUGUAGGGCUCAUAUAGAGUCACAAGAAGAUAUGAGUGCAGUCCUGUCCAUCUUCGGGAGCAGUGAUUGGGCCAUUAAGGCCGUCCUAAACCCCCCAUCCUCUCAGAGCUGUGGAUGGUUAAACCCCACUGCAAGUCAUGUUUGAGGCUCUGACCAUUAUUUAUCUCAUGGCUUUGGCCCAUUUCUUUGGCUAGUGCGUAAUCCGCUAAAGGUCACUGCCACUAAUUACGCUACUCCAAAACAGACAGAUGCCCACCCUGAGCUUGAUUGUGCUCUGCUUUUUCAGAAGAAUAUUCAAGGGUUGCAUAACCAUCACUUGGAUGAUUCGAGGGGCUUAUGUGUGGAUCUAUUUUCUUUCUUUUUUGUUUUUUUAACCAGACCAUAGAGAUAAUGAGGCAAACGGGUCCCAGCCAAAAGUCAUUAAAUUGCCACCAUUAUAGUCUUCUAUCUAUUGUCUUCGGAUUGGCUCUUUAGAUUGACUUGUAAACUCUUUUCUUCUUCAUCUAUCUGCCUCCUGUUUGUCACAGAGUGAGCUUGGUUUGGCUGGAUGCAGGCUCAGUUAAAGCCAAGCGGUGACCUCAUUAUCUUGGCAUCCAAUCAGUCCUCUGGCCAGCUCCUAAUUGAGCCAUCAGCGCCUUAAGGGGAGAGCAGUGUCGUCCUCCUCGCCACAGUGGCUGCGAACAAACGAUGAACUGAGGACCUCCUCGACCCUCACACAUUUCUGCAGUCUGCACUCCUCACUCGCUGCUGUCGACCACGUUGCCUCACCACACCUGGGCAGAGAAAUGCGUGUGUGUGCCGUCCCUCUGAUGAAUGACCGUGCAAGUGUUUUUGGGCUGAAGUAAGAGUAGUGGUCUGCACUUCGUCUCUCAGCCUCAGAGAGGCACUUCUCUACUUGACUGACUGCGACAUUUGUCUCCACAACUGCAAAGCAUCAUGGGUAGGAAAAAGAUUCAGAUCCAACGGAUCACAGAUGAAAGGAACAAGCAGGUGACAUUUACGAAGCGAAAGUUUGGCUUGAUGAAGAAAGCCUACGAGCUGAGUGUCUUGUGUGACUGCGAAAUCGCCCUCAUCAUCUUCAACCACGCGAACAAGCUGUUCCAGUACGCCAGCACCGACAUGGACAAGGUCUUACUCAAAUACACAGAGUACAAUGAGCCUCACGAGAGCCGGACCAAUGCAGAUAUCAUUGAGACUUUGAGAAAGAAAGGCUUCAACGGUUGUGACAGUCCAGAGCCGGACGGUGAAGACUCCAUCGACCAAAGUCCCUUAAAUGAUGACAAGUACCGUAAAACCACAGAGGACCUGGAUGUUCUCUUCAAACGCUACGGACAGUCGACGGCUCCCCAGACCUUCUCCAUGCCAGUCACAGUCCAGGCGUCCAGUCAAAGCACACUGCAAUUCAGUAACCCUGGCAACGCACUGGUAACUACCUCCUAUGUAACAUCAUCGUCUCUCACGGAUACCCACCUCCUGUCACCACAGCAACCAGCUCUUCAGAGAAACACGGUGUCUCCUGGGUUGCCACAGCGACCAGCGAGUGCAGGUGCUCUUCUGGGAGGUGACCUGAAUAAUUCAAAUGGAGGAUGCCCAAGUCCAGUCCCUAAUGGAUACACCAGUGCCAGGGCCUCCCCAGGCCUCCUCACCGUUUCCAACGGCAACAGUCUGGGGAAAGUAGUUCCAGCCAAGUCUCCACCCCCACCUCCCAGCCCCCAGAUGGUCAACAGCCGCAAGCCAGACCUCCGAGUCAUCACCUCACAGGGCGGAAAGAGCCUCAUGCAGAUGACAGAGGAUGAGCUGGAAUUGGUAAACGAGAACGCCCAGCGGCUGGCGGCUGGAGCCCAGGUGGCACAAACCCUCACCACGCCGGUGGUCUCCAUAGCCACACCGAGCCUCCUGGCACAGGGGCUGCCAUUCUCCGCCAUGCCCACAGCGUACAACACAGAGUACCAGCUGACCAGCGCGGACAUCACUGCUUUACAUGCUCUGGCGUCUCCUGGUGGCUUGUUGCCGACUUCAUGGCAGCAGCAGGCUAUUUCCCAGCAACCGCAACAGCAGCAGCAACAACAGCAAACACAGCAACAGCAGCAGCAGCAGCAGCAACUUAAUCUUGCAUCACUCAGCAACUUGGUCAUGUGGGGCGUGGACAAACAGAGCAGCGAGCUGUGUAGCCAGGUGUCCAGUCUGGCUGCCAAUCUGAGUGUUGGCUCUCCGUCCAACCUGCUCUUGGGUAGAGAUGAGUGGUUGGGCCGGCCGGUGACCCAUAUACCUCAAGGCGCCAUGCUGACCGUCAACACCAACUCCAGCGUGUGCAUCAAGUCGGAGCCCGUCUCGCCUGGCCGUGAUCACGGCAGCGCUUGCUCUCUUCCUUCCUCCAACACACCGUCCUCGACUUCAGGUGGAGCCAUCCUGAGCGCACCGCCGCAGUACCCCGGCUCCCUGCUGUGCCUGGAGCCCCCGACCGGCCGCUCGCCUGCGAACAGCGUAAGCAGCAACGCCAGCUCCUUUGAAGGCAGCGAUCGCGACGACACCGGUACAGCCGGCGGCGGCGGCGGCCAUGGAGGUGCAGGAGGAGGCGGUGGCAGCACGGCUGGCUCUACGGGUUCAGCAAACCGCUCCUUGCCGCCUGACUUCAGCUCCUCGGCUGAUCUCCUCAGGGUGUCAAACGACCCGGAGCAGGAGGGAGGGAACGUGAAGCGCAUGAGAUUGGACACCUGGGUCACAUAGAUGCACCAGCACCGUUUCUCUGCACCCCCCCCCCCGUGAAGUUAUGGUGACACUUAAACACCCACAACACACACACCCACUCAUCCUUACACCCCCACUGCCCCAACCCACACUGCCAUGUGACACUAUCCUCAUGCAUCUGCCUCUUUCCAGAAUUACACCACUCACCUGCGUCACCCAGACUUAUGAGGCUUUGCCAAAAUAAGAAAAAAAAACAUUAAAAAAAUUAAAUAAAAAUCUCGCUCUGAGUGAGGGAAGGACGGUUUAGUGCUCUGCUGGAUAUUUAGACCCCUUGAAUAGAGGGACAGUAGAUUUUAAAGCCUUCUUGCUUGAAUGGACUCCCGUAUAGUAACUUCUUUUUGUUAGAAACAAGGCACUUAGCCUUUCAAUCUGACUCAACAGUAAAAAAUAUUCCUCUUUCACUCGCUUUCUGCAUCACCUUCAUGUAUUUACAUUGAGAUCUGCUGCAUUGUUCUCAAUAUGGUCCGUGGCUUGUCAACGCGAUAGGACUUCUGCUGUAUGACUCGUCACUUCCUGCUUCUUUGAAAUCCGUUGGGAUUGUGUGCUGUCCAUUCUUCAGUAAGGCACUUGUAAACUGCACUAUUGGAAAUAACUUAAUCCGGACACCUUGAGGACUGAGCAUCUGUGUGACACUAAACAGACUCAAACAGGGACUCUAGGUGAGAGUUUUACCCAGGCAGGCCCGAGCACUCAAGUGGCACUUUGCUGCCGUGGAGUUGAGCACUUUGCCCGAGUGCCAAUAUCAACCUCUCUUUAGGAAUAAGAAAAAAAUGCCAAAAGCCUCUUGCACGCGGUGCGGGGACACUGACGAGUGAUCACUCACAAAAACCGGCGAGAACUAGAAACUUUUGAUGCUUUUCGAGCGUUGAAUUUGUCGUCACUCUCUCCUCGGACUGAGCGCUCCUCCCGUCCUCUCGCUCAUCGCCUCUGGAGCUCAGAUGGAAAUUGUUGCGCCAGAAAUCCAGCCACAGUCCCUCAGCUUAUUACCAGGAGUAGACGCCAUCCAGUUAAAAGCAUAGUACAAGUUUUCUGAGCCUCUGGUGGCUUUUUUCGAGGUAGGGAAGUAUUUGGUUCCUUCAGUCCAAGUGUUCUUUAUCUGUUGGUAUUUAAAAAGAAUAAUCUGUUUUGAAGGUCUGUUAGUCGUCCAGAAGUAGGAAUUCUGACUUUGUAUAAAAAUCACUCCUUAUACAAAAAGCUUUGAUGUCCUCUUUAGCUCUCUAUAGCUCUCCUUAGCUCUUUGCUGUGUUUCAAAAAGUGAAAGGAAAAAGACAUUUUCUAUAUUUCUACCGCUUCAGUUGGCGACAAAGUACAAUAGCUUUUCAGCUUCAACGACGUGUAUGUACAUAUGAAUAUAUUUGCAUAGACUUUGCUAGGUAUCCCUAAAAACAAGCAAUGUGUUGAUUCUCAGUGGAUCUGUUUGCAUAUACGAGUGUGACUUUGAUCUGUUUUGAGCUACGGUGCAGGGGCUACGCCACACUAGGUAGUGCUGGUGGAUCAGACGUGUUUCAGUAAACCUAUUUUAUGCUAGUGUUGGUGGUGUGUGCACUUUCUGUCUCUCACUCACCGAAGCCUGCUUGGUUGUGGUGUCAUCAUAUUCUCCCACCACCCCCCCGCCCUUUUUUUAAAAACCCACCAAAAGUAAAAGUAUCCACCUUAACAUGAAGUCAUCAUUACGACACUGCCAUUCACGUAUCGUGUACUUAAAGAGGUAAUACACACACACUUUGCUCGACAGAAUCACGUUUAAUCUUUUCCACAUUAACCAGACACAGAUUUUUGCCUUUUUUCACUUUGAAGUUAAGUCAAGAAAUUGGCUAAUAAGUGCUGUGUUUGUUGUUCAAUUGUAUAUUUUAUAGUACAAAUUAGUUUUGUCUGAACCAUUUCAAGUUUAUGUAUGAGUGUGUGUGUGUGUGUGUGUGUGUGUGUGUGUGUGUGUGUUCACAGGAUGUUUAUACGUAGAAACAGGAAGUCUCUCCCCUCGAGUUGACGCCCUCGGUGCAGACUGUUUGCGUCGGCUGGUGUUUGUUGACUGUUGAUUAUCCACUUAAGCAAUGCUACACUUUUAAAUGUGUGUGGGUGAAAUGAUGCUGCGAUUAGUCCGAGCCCCGCAGUGCAGAGAGUGGAACCACAGACGCUGUGGGUCAGUGGAGGAUAUCACCUCGACGUGUGACCUUUUCACGAGGGCGAACUGACGCCUAAUGCCAGUCGAUGUUUUCCAUGAUCAGCUUAUUUCUCCGUCCUACACUCGACAGCGUGGUGUUCAGCAGUUUCCUCUGCUCAUUUCAGGUCAUUAGUGUUCUUCUUCUGUCAAUCAGCACUGGAAAACAAUUCAACCAACUCUUUCUAAAAACCAAAACCUCAUGUUGGAGAGUAUUUAACGUUUGAAUUGUUAAAGGAACUUUUGGGAAACUCACUUUCUUCCCCAGAUUUUGACGAGAAGCUGAAGCUACAGCAGCCGGUUAAAUCAGCAGGAAACUGGUAACAAACCCACCAAUCAGCAACUCUGAGGCUGACGUCUAAUGCUGCAUUCAUGUUAUAUCACUUAGAUAGUAAAAGAAAAUCUGAGCUAAAGUGCAUUUCCAUCCACUAAUCCAUCCUAAUGCAAAUAUUAGGAGUUGAGUGCAUUAGGAUACAGAAACAGUUUGGUUUGCCCCUAGUGGUGACAUUUUUAAGAAACGUCUUAUAAUUAUGUUUUCUAAAAAUGUCCCCUCUCAGUUAAAACUAGAUUCUGGUAAAAAUAUAAAAAGUCAUCUUUUGAGUCUUAUCUUGACUCUUCAAAGAGCCUCUAAGAGGAAAAGCUGUUGGAGAAGGAGGGAGAACUUUUAAGAGGCUUAAGAGUUUCUUAAUCAGAAAAAGAGAGAAUGUGUAUUUUAACGUGGAUGGAAACGCACCAUGAGAUAUCAGACAUUUCUGACAGUGACGAUAUUUUCCUCUUGGUGAAAACUACAAAGCUAAUGUUGCUCAAACGUUACAUUGAAAUUAAAUCCAACAUGAACUCUCAUUCAAUCGAUUCAGUUCAUUUUAAAAGGUGCUAAACAUAACUUUGUUUUAAAUACAUGAACUCACAACAGUAGCUAAUUUAAGCUAUUUAAAAGACGUUUGGAACGUCAGGAGUUUCUCCUGACGACAUGAGGGACGAGCAACAAACUUCUCGUCAAACUUCUCGGCAUUAAAGUGAAUUCUGUUUCCCCAAAGUGUCAAACUAUUCCUAAACUUGAAAGAUUGGACUGCUGAGCGGCACCAGCCCUCACGCAGCCGACGAUCUCCUCUGCUACUACGCCGUCAUUUGCAUUUUAAACCAGUUAAUUUCCAUGGAAACUCCUAGUGGGCGCUGAUGGUUGACUGAAAUGUGACACCACACUGAUUGGCUCUUUCUUCCUGCCGCUCGCAGGUUCGCUCAUGUACAAUAAGGUUCUGUCAGAUCUAGCAGUGUAGUCACGAGACAAUCUAUAUGAGAAAUGAAAAACCUGCACCCUGUUACUUGUUGUGUACAAUGUUUUUUAGAAUCUCACUAUUUUUGGAUUAAUUUGUGCUGGUGACAGUUCCAUUGUCUGUUAUUAUUAUAAUGAUAUUAUUAUGGAGCUUUUAUUUUAUUGCUAUUUUGUGUAGGAUAGCCAAACUGUUUUUUCAUUUUCUCUCUAUUGCGUUUACCUUUCUUAUCAUAAACAUAUAGUACUGGUUUCCUUUUUUGAAACAACUUGCUGAAAAUUGCACGAUCAGUUAUUGUGGUAUUAGCAAAUGCAAUGAAGGAAGGAAAUACCAGUUAAAUGCUGCAGUUUUAAUUAAGAUAUAGAAUAUAUUUAUAAAGAAGAAAAAAAAAAACGAGAGACAACUGAAAUUAGUAAUUCAUGAAAUUUGAAACAUGUAAAUGCAUGGGACACAGGUAACAACUAAAGUCAUGUUACGUACAGUAAAGAUAAAGGACAUGCAUCACAAAUGAGUUUUCAAAGGACUCAGAAUAAUGUAGCAUAUGAAAUACUAAAGAUGAAAUUUAUAGCUAAUAUAUUGUGUUGAGCUAGUCCGCUUUGGGUUUUUGUUGUAAAGAAAAUAUUUCUUUUUGUUGUUUUUUGAGAAUGAUAUACAGUUUGUGUAUAUUUUCAUAUACAAAGUAUGCACUGAUAUGUAAUUGAAAUUCUAUACCGCUUUUACAAAAAGUGUUUGUUGUACCAAAGUAUCCAAGUCCCUUGAAACCUUAUCCUUUUUGCGUAUGUUUUACCGUAUUUUAUAUAUUAAAUAGACAAAUUGAGUGAAAUGAA